ACCCCUUUUUACCCCGUAGGGAUUCUAAACUCCUUAUGGGGUCUGUCGUUUUGACCAAAACGACAUCACACCUCACCGCGCCACUCGAUCAUGACCUCACCGACAACACCAAAUGCCGCUCUCACGCCCCCGCACGCUCCCAUCCCACGGCGACGAUUCCCGCCGACAUCGUUCCGCCACGCCGCUGGUAACUCCGUCGCAUCCAUGACGCCGGAAUCCUCGACCCUCCAUCUCAGGCUAACCGUCGCCGCCGCGCUGCUUUUCUCCGCCGUUUCUCUCUCCUGCGUAUUCCUCUUCAAAAACGCCGAUUACUCUCACUAUUCGACGGUUUUCCCGUUGGCGUCCACCGAUUCCGCUGAGGCUAGCAAUGAAUAUUCACUUGAAAAAAUUCUGAGUGAGGCUGCAAUGGAAGACAGAACUGUUAUCUUGACCACGUUAAAUGAAGCAUGGGCAGCACCAAAUUCAGUAUUUGAUCUUUUCCUUGAGAGCUUUAGAAUUGGAGAUCGUACUCGUAGGCUUUUGAAUCAUUUGGUAAUUAUUGCAUUGGAUCAGAAGGCAUUUAUACGCUGUCAGGUUAUACACUCCUAUUGCUUUUUGCUUGUUAGUGAAGGUAUUGAUUUUCAUGAAGAGGCGUACUUUAUGACUCCUCGCUACUUGAAGAUGAUGUGGAGAAGGAUUGAUUUCCUACGUUCCGUUCUUGAGAUGGGGUACAAUUUUGUCUUCACAGAUGUUGACAUCAUGUGGUUCAGGGACCCUUUUCCACGGUUUCACGCUGAUGCAGAUUUCCAGAUAGCUUGUGAUCAUUUCACGGGUAACUUCGAUGAUGUGGAGAACAGACCCAAUGGAGGGUUCAACUUUGUGAAGUCCAAUAAUAGGUCAAUAGAGUUUUACAAAUUCUGGUAUUCUUCCCAAGAAACCUAUCCUGGAUACCACGAUCAGGAUGUCCUCAAUUUCAUCAAGGUUGACCCUUUCAUUGCUGAUAUAGGGCUGAAGAUGAAAUUCUUGGAUACAGCUAGUUUUGGUGGGAUUUGUGAACCAAGUCGAGAUUUAAAUCAAGUUUGUACAAUGCAUGCAAAUUGUUGCUAUGGUAUCGAUAGUAAGCUGCAUGAUCUUAGAAUUAUGCUUCAGGAUUGGAGACAUUAUUUGACCUUGCCUCCAAGUUUAAAGAGAAUGUCAGUUAUUUCCUGGAGGGUUCCUCAGAAAUGCAGGUUGCCUCGAUUCACUCAGGCCCCAUGGUUCACCACAGAUGAGUGUUCAAGAAGAGUAAAGUUGCAGUUGCAUGUGUCAAUUCAUGUUUGGAACUACAAUGGAUUCUGAAGGCAGAAUCAAUUUUGUGAAGAAGCAGCUUGUGUGUCUCAUAAUUGAUUUUGAUGAAAAAGAAGUAGAUCCCUAUUCUAAUACAUUGAUCAGCUGUUCCUCUGGGUUGCUACAGGAUGGAAGGUUUUCCUUUUGGGUUAGCUCUACUGCUGUAAAAAAUAUGAGAAUCGUACUUGAUGGAAAGUAACUACAGCUCAAGCAGAUAAGUAUGAAAAGGAAAAUCAAUUUUGCUAUUGAAGGAAAGUAUCUGUGACCGUACACUCGGGUUAGACUCAUGUUUUUUUUUUUUUGAUAAGCAGGGUUAGACUCAUGUAAUUUAAAAGAUCUACCACGUUCAAUGCACAAUUUAUCUGUGCUUACCCCAA